UAAAAUCAUAUGGGAAUAAAUGAAAAUGAAAUUAAUGAAAAUUUUAAAAGAAUGGGUAGAUUGAUGGAUUGACAAUGCUUAUGCAUGGACACUCAAUGUGUUUCUCUUUGGAAACGUGAAAGUUGGUGGUGUGGCACUGUAGGGGGAAAAAACAAAAACAAGAAACACUGUGCUAGUCACUAAAAGUUUGCAAUGUAUUAGAACCCAAUAGUUUUCUUGAAAUAGCAAAUUCAUAUGUAUAACAAUCUGAAUGUUUAUUCAGUGUUUUUUGUAAUAGACAUUAGAAAUCGCAAUUAAAAUAUUAACCUGAUUUUUCCCCAAAUGAUUAUGAUUUAUGGUUGCAUUUAGAGUAAAAUAAAGCAUAGUAAUUCUUGUCCCUUGCACCAUAAAUCGGAUCUGAAAGGGUUAAUAGACGAGACCGUUAUUUAUUUAUUUAAUGUGUGGAAAUUGUGAGUGAUACUAAUUUUAGAAAAUAGACACCGAUUGGUGGACUCUUACUUUGAAGUGUACCGGAAGCGAGGGAAUCCUCUUUAAGUUCGCCCUCUGUCGAGCGUUUCAUUCACAGCUCAGAACAGUCCUUGGUGGUUCAAUCACUACUGGACGUCCUAACCGCAGAAAACUAGGAAGAAACGUCAAAAUGGUGAAGAUAUCGUUUCAACAAGUAACUGUACAGAAGCCGGAAAAGGAGAACGAUGGAGACAAAGAGGAAAUUCACAUGCCAUACUCUCACAAGGAUGAGUUGGUGCUUCCGGUAAGAUCUAAGAAGUCUCCCUUUAGAGGCCUUUGGUGCGUCGUGCUCGGCCUUGUGAUCUUCCUGUCAGGCUUGAUCAUGGCAUCUGUAUGCUUGUACCGAUACUACUUCAGCCCUCAGAUCCCAGAAGACAGUUUGUUCCACUGUCGGGUGAUGUACGAGGACCCCCUGUUCGCCCCGUUACUCGGACGGCAGGAGAUAGAGGAAAAUGUUGGCAUCUACCUGGACGAUAACUACGAGCAGAUCAGCGUGCCAGUGCCCGACUUCGGAAGCAGCGACCCAGCUGAUAUCAUUCACGACUUUCACAGGGGACUCACAGCUUACUACGACAUUGCGUUGGAUAAGUGCUACGUCAUUGAGCUCAAUACGACAAUUGUCAUGCCGCCCAGGAACCUGUGGGAGCUGCUUGUCAAUGUCAAGCGGGGGAUGUAUUUGCCCCAGACCUACAUCAUUCAGGAGGAGAUGGUAGUGACGGGACGUGUUAGGAACAUGCGUCAGCUGGGACCCUUCAUCCACCGUCUCUGUUACGGAAAAGAAAUCUACAGGCUGAGACGCCGUAGUAGCCAAAGACACAUCGAUAAGAGAGAGACCAGGAACUGCCACAGCAUCCGGCACUUCGAGAACACGUUCGUCGUGGAGACGAUGAUUUGCGACCGACUCCUGCUGUAGUUUCCCUCCUUUCUCCUCAAAUCUACUGAGCAAAACCCAAAAGCGACCCUUCCCCAUCUGUCCAGCUUAACAGCACUUUAUCAGCAUGAUAAACCUGUACAUAAUGUUACAUAAUGCCAUCUUUGUGUAUUUGUUGGUUCAUUUUUUUCCAAGGAUAAGCUGUAAUUACUUUUUUUUGUUGUUUUUUUCACCCAAGUAUGUGUUGUUUUGUCUUUGUCUAAGUUAUUUAGAAGCUUUGAUUUGCAUAUUCUGAAGUCUACAGUUUGUAGUUUUAUUUCACUCUCAGGUUAUUUGUUUUUCUUUUUUUCAUUGGGGAAGUUUCCUUGAAAAUAACUGUGAGAUUAGUCUCAGUCGUCGUCUUUAUUCUGGCUUGCACUGACGAAUGAUUUGCGCUUUUCUUUUUUUCUCUGUAACGCCUCAGUUUGCGUUGACUGGCAGUUCCUGUGGUUUGUUUCAUCUGUCCAAACAUGUUGAUCAUUCCCUCCUGUGUUAUAGAAGAAAUCCAGUAUUAGAAAAUUGUCUUCAAUGCCAAAAGAUGUAUACCUCAUAUUUUAGAAAUGUAUGACUUCAAGCCUGUUAUUUAAGUCAUGGCGUGGGUUUUUUGAAUGUGAUAUAAGCAAUAUAAGUUUUCUUAUCUUGGAUUUCCUAACUUGACAUCCAUGUCUUUGUAGUAAUGUUGAUUUAACUGAGCAGUUUAUCAUGUUUAAAUACUCUGUGUGUUGCUCUUUAUUACGUGCAAAUAAAGUUUGUAGAAAGAUGUGAAAAUCUAUCCACCGGAUGUUGGUUUGAAAUGUUUUGUAAUCUCUAAAUGGUGAGAUGUUAUCUCCGUACUGAGGAAAAUUGACUGUUUCAGAUUGUUUUGAAUUUAAUUAAAAGUGAAUCUUCUUAGGCACAGAUGUUAAAAAAUUAUUUCUUGCUCUCCUUUUCCUUUUAUUUUUUUUUUUUAUGUACGAUUCACCCAUGAAUAAUGGUGGAUCCUUAGACCUUAUCUGAGGUGGAAUCAUUUCAUAUCGCUUGCACUUUUUCUAAUUGUACCAUUUAUAUGUGUUUGUUCCUCUUCCACAUACUGGUGUAGCAAGUUUUGUCUGGGAUAAAUGAGGCGUUUGAUUUGAUGCACUCUAUUCUGCUGCUCUCGCUUUGUAAAUAAUAAUCGCUUGUAAAAUCCAUCAAUAAACUGCUGAAACCCUA